AUGCUCAGAAGGUCCACUCCCAGAGGUGGCUGGAAUCGGUGGACCCCCCGGCUCCUCACCUCUCCUCGAGUUUUCUGUCUCAGCCUCAUAGUCUUGUUGGGCCAGGUGGGGCUGCUGCAGGGACACCCCCAGUGCCUGGAUUACCGGCCCCCUUUCCAGCCCCUCCAGCAUCUCGAGUUCUGCUCUGACUAUGAGUCCUUCGGCUGCUGUGACCAGCGUAAGGACCACCGCAUUGCUGCCCGGUACUGGGACAUCAUGGACUACUUCGACCUAAAGGGCCAUGAGCUGUGCGGCGGUUACAUUAAAGACAUCCUUUGCCAGGAGUGCUCCCCCUACGCAGCCCACCUCUACGACGCUGAGAACCCGCGCACGCCCCUCCGGAACCUUCCUGGCCUCUGCUCUGAUUACUGUUCUGCAUUCCACUCGAACUGCCACUCCGCCAUCGCCCUGCUGACCAAUGACCGCCGCCUCCAGGAAUCCCCUAGAAAGGAUGGCGCGCGCUUCUGCCACCUCCUCAACCUUCCCGACAAGGACUACUGCUUCCCCAACAUCCUGAGGAGCGACCAUCUCAACCGCAACCUGGGGGCGGUGGCCGAGGACCGUCGGGGCUGCCUGCAGCUCUGCUUGGCCGAGGUGGCCAACCGGCUGAGGAACCCGGUCUGCAUGGUCCACGCUGGGGACGGCACCCACCGCUUCUUCGUGGCCGAGCAGGUGGGGGUGGUGUGGGUCUAUCUGCCUGAUGGGAGUCGCUUGGAACAGCCCUUCUUGGACCUCAAGAGCCUCGUGCUGACCACUCCCUGGAUUGGGGACGAGAGAGGCUUUUUGGGGUUGGCUUUUCAUCCCCGAUUCCGCCGCAACCGCAAGUUCUACAUUUAUUAUUCAUGCCUGGGCAAGAAGAGGGUAGAGAAGAUCCGGAUUAGUGAGAUGAAGGUUUCUCGGGCUGAUCCCAACAAAGCCGAUCCCAAAUCAGAGAGGGUCAUUUUGGAGAUAGAAGAGCCAGCCUCAAAUCAUAACGGUGGACAACUUCUUUUUGGCCUAGAUGGAUAUAUGUACAUAUUCACUGGGGAUGGAGGACAGGCUGGGGAUCCCUUCGGCAAAUUUGGAAAUGCUCAGAACAAGAGUUCCCUGCUGGGGAAAGUGUUAAGGAUCGAUGUGAAUGGGGCCGGCUCAGGCGGCAAGCGGUACCGAGUGCCCGUGGACAAUCCAUUUGUUUCCGAGCCAGGGGCCCAUCCCGCCAUCUACGCCUACGGAAUCAGAAACAUGUGGCGCUGUGCGGUGGACCGAGGGGACCCCGUCACGCGCCAGGGCCGAGGUCGGAUGUUCUGUGGGGACGUGGGACAGAACCGGUUUGAAGAAGUUGACAUCAUUGUUAAAGGUGGAAACUACGGCUGGAGGGCAAAAGAGGGGUUUGAAUGUUACGACAAAAAGCUCUGUCAAAAUGCCUCUUUGGACGAUAUUCUUCCAAUCUAUGCUUAUGGCCACGCAGUGGGCAAGUCAGUCACUGGAGGCUACGUCUACCGUGGAUGUGAAUCCCCGAAUCUCAAUGGUCUCUACAUCUUUGGGGACUUCAUGAGUGGUCGACUUAUGGCUUUGCAGGAAGAUAGAAAAACCAAGAAAUGGAAGAAACAGGACAUUUGCCUGGGCAGCACAGAGUCCUGUGCCUUCCCAGGGCUGAUCAGCACACACAGCAAGUUCAUCAUCUCCUUUGCUGAAGAUGAAGCAGGGGAGCUCUACUUCUUGGCCACCUCUUACCCCAGUGCCUAUGCACCACACGGAUCCAUUUACAAAUUUGUUGACCCAUCAAGGAGAGCACCUCCAGGCAAAUGCAAGUACAAACCAGUGCCGGUGAAAACCAAGAGUAAGCGGGUCCAGUUCAGGCCACUCGCCAAGUUGGUCUUGGACUUGCUAAAGGAGCAGUCUGAGAAAGCUGCUAGAAAACUGUCCAGUGCAACUUUAGCUUCCAGUCCAAACCGGGCCUCAUCUCAGAAAGAUUCCUUCAAGAAGCCAGCUUCUCCCACAAGCAGCCGGAAGACAUCUCCAGGGCCUGGUGCAAAGAAGAGAGCCAGGGUGUGGUCCCCAGACCCCCAGGGGAAGAGGAAAGGGAUCCCCAAAUGCCCCAGUGGCAUAGCCAGGCAGGCCACACAGCAGAGACGAGCUGGCAGAAGUCUCCCUCCGCCUCUUUGGUCAAGGUGGCCGCUCAGGGGACCAGAACCACCUCACCACGUGGAAGCUGCUGGUGCUGAACGUGACCUUAGACAUGCGGGAAGCCGGGGGUGGAGGUGGGAGCCAGCAGAGAGAGCCUGA